UUGGACAGCAACUUAUUCGAUGACGGCUUUGGCGCGGAAAAUGUUUACCCGUCAGUUGAAAGUUCGUGCAGUUUGCGGCUGGACGCAUGUGCGCAUUUGAGUGUAAAUUUCUAGUGAAUCGUAUAGUAUUUAUCCGGUUGUAGUUAAUAAUUUCGAUCGAAAUGAGCAACAACAUAACGGCACUAGUUGUAGUGCUGGUAUUCAUCAUUACAGGAGUUUUCGGUGAUUCGCUCGAUACUGGAUUGUCUUACAACGCUACUUGCCUUAACCCCAGUAGAGCCUCCGGCCGGUGCAUUUUUGUUAGAGAAUGUACAUCCGUUCUAUCAAUUCUACGAAAGGAAACCCUCACGAAUGAUGACGUUGCAUUUCUCUACGAAAGCGAAUGUGGAAAAGCGGGUGACAAAAGUUUGGUCUGCUGUCCGUUUGGUUCCAUUGAUAAUCAUUACGGAGCGGCAUUUCCCGAAAGCGCAGCACAGUCAACUUUUGGAUCCGCAAAUCGAGUGGACGCUGGAUCCAACGAAAGUGACAGUGGGGAAAAGCUCAGCCAGCGGAAAUUGCUACCUGCUCCCGGAGAGUGUGGCAUACAACCGAGAUACGAACUGUUCGGCGAAAAUGUGACCAAAUUGGAUGAACAUCCGUGGACGGCGUUGAUUCACUUUGGAAUUCAGCCGUACGAAACAUCAUUUGAAUGUGGUGGAAUUCUUAUCAGCUCCCGAUAUGUUCUGACAGCUGGCCACUGUGUGGCUGAUAGUACCAAAUGGUCCAACCUCACUGUUCGUCUCGGUGAAUGGGAUACCGAAUCUACCGUAGAUUGUAUUGGGAUCGAAGACUUCAACGAAUUUUAUUGUGCUGAUCCGGCGAUUGAUGUUCCGGUGCAGAACGUAUUCAUCCACGAAAAUUACACUCGCCAACAUCGGCCUCAGCUAAACGACAUUGCCCUUUUGCGGUUGGUGGAACCGAUUAAUACAACCACAUGGAUUCAACCGGUGUGCCUUCCACAGCAACCGGUACCAGAUAAAGAUGCCCAGGAUGACUACACACUUGCCGGUUGGGGUAACAACGGCUGUGGUUUCAACAGUCGAUACAAAAUUCGGUCUCGGCUAGUUGGAUUGAAUCAGGAUCACUGUAAGCACCAUUUACCCAAGGGAUUUAGGCGAACAAACGAUUAUUUCUGUACGGUUCCCGUCAACGAGGGAGAAAAAUGCCAUGCUGAUUCCGGUGGAGCUGUGACCGGUACGAAACGAGUUCCGAAGAUUGGUGUGGUACAUGAGGUGGAAGGAUUGCUAAACUACAUGAAAGAGUGCCAGUCUAGUCGCCCGGUGGGAAUAUUUACCAAUGUCCGACAGUACCUCGACUGGAUUGUUAGUAAAAUAGAAGAAUAA